AAUGAUUAAAAGAACGCUUUCAAAGAUAUUAGCUGUUAACCGCUUCAAUUAUCGCCCAAGUGCAAGGCAUAUAAUUCGAACAAAGUUUUUUGAUGCAAGAGAUCCUAAAUACGCCGAGAAAGAGAAGCAGUUGGUGCUGCACCAGUCUUCGCAGUAUUUCGAUACAGUUGCCAAAGACAAGGAAGAUAAAAGAAAUUUUAUGCGAGCAAUAGCAAUGUACAUUGCGGCAGAAAAGGUCCGGCGGAGAGGUCAUGUGGAAUUCAUAAAUGCUGCCCUCCAACAAAUGAAACGUUUUAACGUUCAUAGAGACUUGGAAACAUACAAGAUGCUAAUGAAGGUUUUUCCUACCGAAGUUAUGGUAGCGAAGAGGACUUGGGAAGUUGAAUGGCAGCACUAUCCAAAACAGCAACAAUGCGCCAUAGAUUUAAUGGAUCAAAUGGAGUACUAUUCUGUUAUUCCAGAUGAUCAGUUUGGUUAUAUGCUAAAGGAUGUAUUCGGAGAUAAAGCUCAUGCAUUUAGAAAGUAUAGAAGAAUGAUGUAUUGGCUACCAAAAUUUAAAAAUGUGAAUCCUUAUCCUAUUCCACUAGAUCUGCCCAAUGAUCCAAGAGAGCUGGCCCUUAUAGCUUUAAAAAGAAUGAGUAUAGAUUUACAAACUGAAUAUUCUAUUUUUGAAACGUCUGAAUUGGACAAUGCAAUAGAUAAAACAUUUGUAGCCAGUGCCCAGAGCUGGAGGCAAAGAGAACUUAUUGAAUCCCAUGACGCCAAGAAGCCGCUCUUCGUCGAGGGGGGAUACACAAUUUGGCUGAGAGACAAUAAACUUCAGUACUUCAAACUUUGGUCUGAGGCCAAUCCCAAUGUCCCAAAACAUGUCUUUCCAGAGGAUUUAAGAAAGAAAUAUAACGAAAAGAAUUUAUUCAAUUUCAAGACAAUAUUUGAUGAUGAAAGAGAGCAUUCGUUAACUACGCCUAAUGUUAUGCACCAACAAGCUGAUGGUACAGUACUUGGUUUGUGUAUUACGGGUACAGGAAGUAAAGAAUCGCUCGUAUCUUGGGUAACCUUCCUCCAAAAAACAAACAAGAAAUUAGCCGAUAUACCAGUAAUAUUCACAUUAAAAUCGCCUACAAGUCAAAUUUCCAUUUUAAAAGAAGAAGAGAAGUUUAAAUUUGAAAUUAAGAAAAAAACUUGA